CCCCCCUGCAGCAUGGACAACAAAACUUUCAACAUGGACAUUCUGCACCUGGAGGGGUUAAAGGUCAACCCCAGGUCCUCUGUUCCUGCCUUCAUCCUCCUCCUCCUUAUCUACAUCUUCACCAUGGUGUCCAACAUCGGCCUGGCGGUCCUGAUCUUCAUGGAGAGGAGCCUCCACCAGCCUAUGUACCUGCUCUUCUGCAACAUGAGUAUUAAUGAUGUGUUCGGGGCGACGACCAUCAUCCCUCGCUUGUUAAGUGACAUUUUUAUUCCGAUCACAGAGCGGUACAUUCAUUAUUAUGAGUGUGUCAUUCAGGCUUUUUGUGCUCACUAUCAUUUAGGCAUCUCUUACACUGUGCUCAUGGCUAUGACCUUCGAUCGCUACAUAGCCAUAUGUAACCCGCUGCGAUACGCCACCAUCAUGACCAACAGGAUGGUGGUGAAGCUAUCUGUGUCGGCCUGGGGGGUAGCUUUAUUGUUGGUGGGGAUCCUCGUGGGCCUCAGCGUCCGGCUGUCACGCUGCAGGUGGGCUAUAGUCAACCCGUUUUGCGACAACGCCUCCUUGUUCAAGCUGUCCUGUGAAAGUGUCCUCAUCAACAACAUCUAUGGUCUCGGCUACACGGUGGUCCUGCUGGGUUCCUCCAUCGGCAGCGUAAUUCUCACCUACCUGAAGAUUGCCAUAGUGUGUUUUAAGAGUAAGACCAAGGCGUCGAACAGCCGGGCGCUGCAGACCUGUGCCAGCCACCUGGUUGUGUAUGUCAUCUUGUUUAUGUCAAGCAGCAUCAUGGUCAUCUUCCAUCGUUUCCCUCACUUAUCAGAACACAGGAAGCUAGCGUCCAUCUUGUUACACGUGAUUCCUCCAGCCCUGAACCCUAUUAUCUAUGGACUGCAAAUCAAAGCCAUCAGACAAAAAAUGUUCAUAAGGAAAAUGACCAGGAAAACAUGAGGUGAAAUGACUCAAUACUGAAAAGGUAAAUAAUUGUUAAUAAAAUUGUUGCACUUA